AGAGGGAAAAACAAAGACCAAUUCUCUCUCUCUCUCUCUAGUCUCUCCUUCUUCUCUUCCGUUUCCACGAUUCUGUUAGAGAUAGAGAGAGAAGAGGCGAUAUUAUUAUUAUUAUUAUUAGCUUAAAAGAAUAGAAGAUAAAAAAAAUCGUAUUUUCCUGGGAAAUUUCAACUUUCUCCUCUUCCUGGUGAUUGAAAAGAAUUCGAUUCAGCUGGUGAAAUCCCCAAAUUCAAUUUUCAAAUCUCUCUUAAGGAUUUGGUUCGAUUCUUACUAUGUUUAUCCUUGGAUUGUGAAAUUGGAUACAAUACAAGCUAUGGAUUUAGUAAGAUGUUGUGAUUGUGGAUGCGAUUGCUCUCUCAAUACUUCGUGGAUUCGAUCCGUGAAGAGAAAACACGAGGAGCUCGAGAACUACAUACCUGAGCUUGACUUGGACUCGUCUUCUUCCAACGCGAAAGUCCAAAUCGAGAACGAAUGCGAGCUCCUGCGCGAAACCGUCACCUCUCAGCAGGAAUCGAUUCAAGAGCUCUACGCUGAGCUCGACGAAGAGAGAAACGCGGCUUCCACGGCUGCGAACGAGGCGAUGUCUAUGAUACUGAAGCUGCAGAGGGACAAGGCCGAGAUUCAGAUGGAGCUGAGGCAGUUCAAGCGUUUUGCUGAGGAGAAGAUGGAGCAUGAUCAGCAGGAGCUUUUGGCUCUUGAGGAUUUGGUUUAUAAGAGGGAGCAGACUGUUCAGGCGCUUGUUUGUGAGGCUCAGGGUUAUAAGCAUAGGAUGAUGAGUUAUGGGGUUGAUGAGUCUGAGUUUGAUGGGGAGAGGAAUGAGUUUGAGUAUGACCUCCCUGCUUAUGAUUAUCCUCCUCUUAAGUGUAGUUUGAAUGAGAAUCCAGAUCUGGAGGCUGAUGUUGAGGAUGUUGAAAAGUAUGCACUGACUGAUUCUUCACCUCAUGGUAGAGAAGAUUUGAAGACUUUGGAACAGAGGAUAAGUCAGAUGGAGAGGGUUCCUAGCUUUACUCCCUCUAACGGUGAUGUAUCCGGAGGAGGGAGAACUUAUUUGGAGAAGGAGGUGGUUGGUCAGAGUCCUAGGCGUCAGAGACAUCUCAGGGGGGUCUCCACCGGUAGUUCAGGUUCACUAUUGGGAACAAGCAAGGAUCAAGGGCCUGGCUUGUAUGCAGAGGGUAAGGGUGACUUAUCAGAGACGGGAGAUAAUGAGAUGGAUGAUAGAGUCUAUACCAUUGAUUCUAUCCAUCACAGUGUAUCUCAGAGUGAUGUUUCUGAGCAGAAGUUUAAUGAUGAUGGCUAUGGAGAUAAAUUGAACCUGCCUGAUGAUCAUAGUGAUCCUGGGAUAACGAAGCUCUACGCGAGGCUUCAAGCACUGGAGGCUGACAGGGAAUCGAUGAGACAGGCGAUUGUGUCUAUGAGGACUGAGAAAGCUCAGAUGGUUCUUUUGAAAGAGAUUGCACAACAUCUAUCGAAGGAUAUUAUUCCUGAACGGAGAUUGCCUCUGCAGAAAGCAUCUGCUGUUGGAACAUUCAGUUCUCUCUUUAAGUGGAUCACAUCUUUUCUUUUCUGGAGAAAGAGGGCUCGUCGAAGCAGGUACAUGAACGGGAUGCAAAGAAGCAACAUGGGGUUGCAAAUGCUUCUAGAAACGACUCCACGGAUACGGCAAUGGAGAUGUCUUUCAAGAACGCAAGUGUGAAACAGAUCCACUUUCUCCAACUCGGUGAAUCUGAAGGCUCUUAAUGUUAAUAUACUGGGAGUAACAUCACUCUCCCAUCAUCAUUCAUAUGGUUGCUGAGGAAAAAAAAUGUUUUUCUCUGUGUGCAGUUUCUUUCUUUAUUUUGCAUUUGCCAUAUAUAUUUCAUUUGUUGUUUGGGGUUUGAAUGGGGUUUGAUUAUUGUCUAAAAGCUUGUUUUUUUUUAUACAGUAAGCUGUGUAUAAUUUUCCCACAUUCUUGUUUGGGUUCUCUCUGGCAAAGAAUACAAAACUUCCGGUGAUCGGAACUUGGUGUUGUAUUGAAUGUACUCAAAAGUUAUCGAUCCUUUAAA